UAAGUUGUCGGCACUGAUAGAAACACUAUCGAACUACUCCUGGGAUUCGAAGGUGGUUUUGGUCAUGUCCUCCUUUGCCAUCACCUACGGUGGGUUUUUCUUCUUGGUGACUGCGAACAAAUUGAAGCCUCUGAAAACCCUGAGGAGCCUUAUCGAGGCGAUGGUUAACGUGACCGAGUUCGUCGUCAAUUUCCAAAAGCUCCCUGCAGACCAAAAGUCCCUUGACCAAUCGGUUGUCCAAACUGCUGUUUACUGGACCGUCAGAAGCGUCGUCGCCUGCGUCCCCCAUUUCUACGGCUUCCUCUGCUUGGGUCAAGAGUACAAUCCAUCGAAAAAUGAGGAGGAGGAACUGUCCAAAUUAUUGAAGAAACUCAGUGACAGUCACUACCAACUCGAUCAUAACCAUCAGUGCAUUGGUAAGUGAAUAAUGAG